CGGCGUUCGGCGGCGGGCUGGCGCUCGUCAGCACGUCGGACGCCGCCGCGGGGAACGUGGGGGGGCUGCGAUCAUCCCCCGACGACCACCUGGGCCUGCAUCGGGCGGGCCUGGGGCACGGCGACGCCAUGGGCGGCGCCUCCCCCUACGGCCUCGGCCUGGGCCUGGGUGACGAACUGCGCCUGCCCGCGCACGGCGACGGCGACGUCGCUCCCGACGACGGGCUGGACAACAACAACAGCGUCGCCACCAACAACAACUACCGCCUGGCGCUGCUGGGGCCCGCGUCCUACGACUCGGGCGGCAGCAGCCUGGACGGCAGCACGGCCAGCAGCGGAAGCGGCUGCGGCAGCGUAGGGUCCGGCGGAGGGCUGUCACCCGCCCCCGCGCCGGUCCCCGCCCCGGCGCCCGCUCCCGCGCCCCCGCCGGUGCGCGAGCCUCGCGUCUCCAGCUCCACGCCGCUCGUCUUCAAGUCAUCCAUGAUAUCCAACGGCAGCCUGCACAAGUGCUUGGAUUGCGAUAAGGUGUUCAACAAGGCGUGCUACUUGACGCAGCACAACAAGAGCUUCCACGCGGGCGAGAAGCCCUUCAAGUGCAAGCGCUGCGGAAAGCGCUUCCCGGCCGAGCCGCUGUACGCCGAGCACUGCUCCAAGCACGCGGGCGACAAGCCGCACAAGUGUUCGCUCUGCCCCAAGCAGUUCAACCACAAGACGGACCUGCGGCGCCACAUCUGCUUGCACACGGGCGACAAGCCGUUCGCGUGCGGGGUGUGCGGUAAGGGAUUCAUCCGCAAGGACCACAUGCUCAAGCACUGCGAGACGCACCGCAAGAAGCUGAUGCAGACGCAGCCUGCGGCGCAGGCCCAGGCGCACAUCCCGCGCGCCGCGGCGCCGCUGGGCGUCUGACGCCUCGCCCCCGCCCCCGCGCCCGCCGCCUAGACUCCCCCGCCCCCUGGAGGCGUAGCCCGACCUCAUGCCUAGGCCCCAGCUCAAUACGCCCGUUGAGAGCCACGCUCGCGCAUUGCUUCGUAGCGUUCCCUUGAAACUCGCUAGUGAAUACUUACUCUCUCAAACGUUCCAAACGCAAUACAGCAAAACCUCGCUAUGUACUCUGAUAAUAGGAAACAAUGGUGCAAAACAUUUCUACCUCUGUGGCGUUCUUAAUGGCAAUGUUCUAGGAACUCAUUUUUUUUUAAAUUUCUUCUGAAGAGUACGAAUCCAAGUUAAUGGAAUCGUUUUACUGUGCCAGAGUUCCAUGUUGUUCGCGAGUAGAAAUAAGCAUCAUGCUAAGAAACACGUAAGGGGUCAGGCAUCGGGCUGGCAAACGGGCUGUUCCUUCCAGGUCGAACGUCCUGCUUCAGAUACCUCCCGGAGGGGGGGGGAGGCGUAGUUCGUCACCUCGAUGGGGAAAAGAGAUGCUAGGCACCGCUGGUGCAGUCACCGAUCCGCGCGCAUGAAGCAGCAACACUCACGAACCCCAAGAAUGACGACGAGGGCGUGAAUUGCGCCCGAAUAAAAGGGCGCAGUCCAGCCCCCCCUGAGUGCAGACUCCCACGGCGAAGAAGGCAACGAUCGAAUCGUUUUGCUCCUUCAUGCGCCCCCCAGUGAGCCCUUGUCCUCUCUGCGCCGACCCCGUGCGGGUGGCGCCGAAGCUAGUGCCGCGUGCAGUGCAAUUCUGACUUGACGUCAAGUGACUGGCUCGCCGCCGGUCGCCUUGGGACUUUCAUAAGCCAUGGCGCCGUCGGCAAGGACGGUUCCGCCUCUUACGAGGUGAUGUGAUUUUUAUAUAGGAUUUAUAAUUUUGUUUAUUUGUAAUUAAAUUUAAGUGUGUAGUUGAUACGCUGCAGAAGAUGGUAGGCCUAACUCCACCGUCAAACGAAUUCUGUGAUUGUUUCUGGUAUAUUCUUGAUAGUCUGUAAUUUAUUGAACCUUUCCACCAUUUCUUUGAAGAGGUAUGCUACUACUGCCAAACGGCGAGGUGUGCCGUAGGCUCCUUUUCCGUUUCCUUCCCUGCAUGGCCUUGCAAGGGUCCUCGCCCUCGCUCUUGCCCCGGACGCACGCGGCGGGAGGGCCGCGGACGCCAUCUUGUCGUCCGUCGCCAUUUCCCUCCCGGCGACGUCCUCUACUGCGUUCGACUGUUCGCCGUCUCGGGCGGCGUUGAAGUCAUUGUUCGGAGGUGCAAUCCAAAACCUUCCGAGUCAUAUCCGUAGACACAGUACAAAGUAGUUGAUAUCAGUAUUUUACGUUAAUGAGAUAUUUUUGAUAAUGCCGGUUCGUUUACAGAUUUGCCAGGUUCUAAGAGACUUCGGCAGCGCGCUGCCCGCCGCCUACCCCGCGC